AUGGACUUCGAAGCCCAGAUCUCUUAUCGUGAUGGCUUGAUACUUGGUCUCAUACAUCUGUUUGGGAUUUCCUAUUUCGUCUGUUACGUGGUUGCCUUCUUUCUCUAUCAUUUCCCCAAGUCUCCCGGCGGCAUUCUCAAGGCACAGGUGGUUACAUUCUACAGUAUGGGGGUGCUGCUCUGGGAGCUGUCGAGCCUGAUUUGUCAGUCAUCAUGGCUCUUUUACGGAGACAAACCUGCACCUUGGGGGAAAUUUCAGAUGGUAGGCACUAUGGCCCUGAUCUAUACUAUGGCCGUUCCUAGUAUCGCUGCGGCGUAUCAGCAGCAAACCUACCUCCGCUCUGUCUACCUUUCCGGCUUGACCAGCCUGGCCAUCAGCAAGAUCAGCGGAACCCUCGCUCAGACCUCAGACGCGUCGAUGGCACGGAGCAGCUUUCGCUGGGAUUGCCUCUGGCUUGGGUUUUGGGCAUUGGUACCAUCAGUCCAUGCGCUGCAGACACAGGAAAGUCCACCACCGUUGACCAUUAAUCUCGUCCGGAUUGCUACGUGGAAUUUGUUGGCGGCGGCCGGCUGUGCUGCGCAGAUACCCGAGCGGCUGGGGGUGGUGGAACACUGGCAUCCGAGCCUCUACGCGAUGCAUCUCGUGUUGGUCUGGAGCAGCAUCUCGUAUGCCCAAGGGGUCUGGGAUAUGGUACUCUGA